GCGCCGGGGCAGGCGCCGAGCAGGUGGCCGCGGGCAGAGCCGCGGCAUGUGAGCGGCCCCCGGCCCGCGGGAAGGCAGCACCGGCCCCCCGUCCUGUGCUGCCCUCCCUUCCCCUCCCCUGUCCUCGCCGGGGCGGAGGGAGGCAGCGCGCCCGCAGCGGCAGCCCGGCGGCGGCCGGGGGCUGAGCGCCGCGCCCCGCCGGGGGGCGGCCGUGGCGGAGGGCGGAGAGGAGGAGGAGGAGGAGGAGGAGGAGGAGGAGGAAGAAGAAGAAGGCUGCGCGGGGCCGGAGGGACGCGGGAGCCCCCCGGCCGCGCAGGAUGAAAGUCACGGUGUGCUUCGGGAGGACGCGGGUGGUCGUGCCCUGCGGGGACGGGAACAUGAAAGUUUUCAGCCUGAUCCAGCAAGCGGUGACCCGGUACAAGAAGGCGAUCGCCAAGGAUCCAAACUACUGGAUACAAGUACAUCGACUGGAGCACGGGGAUGGUGGGAUCUUAGAUCUCGAUGACAUUCUUUGUGAUGUAGCCGAUGACAAAGACCGUCUUGUGGCUGUGUUUGAUGAGCAAGAUCCACACCAUGGAGGUGAUGGCACCAGCGCCAGUUCGACAGGCACGCAGAGCCCAGAGAUUUUCGGCAGUGAGCUGGGCUCCAACGCGACAUCGGCCUUUCAGCCUUACCAAGCAACAAGUGAAAUUGAGGUCACCCCUUCAGUCCUACGUGCGAAUAUGCCUCUUCAUGUCCGACGCAGUAGUGACCCUGCACUGAUUGGCCUCUCAACCUCUGUAAGUGACACAAAUUUUUCUUCAGAAGAACCUUCACGGAAAAACCCUACAAGGUGGUCCACAACAGCAGGCUUCCUCAAGCAGAACACCCCUGGCGUGCCCAGUGCGCACGAAAGAAAGAAAGAUGAAAACUACAGAAGCCUACCACGAGAUACUAGUAGCUGGUCUAACCAGUUUCAGAGAGACAAUGCUCGUUCAUCGUUAAGUGCCAGUCAUCCCAUGGUGGACAAGUGGCUGGAGAGGCAAGAACAGGAUGAAGAUCGAACAGAGGAGGACAACAGCAGAGUUGAGCCUGUUGGACAUGCAGACACUGGCUUGGAAAAUGCUACGAAUUUUUCCCUGGAUGAUAUGGUAAAGCUCGUAGAAGUCUCCAAUGACGGCGGGCCUUUGGGAAUCCAUGUAGUGCCUUUCAGUGCCCGAGGCGGAAGAACCCUGGGACUGCUGGUGAAGCGAUUGGAGAAGGGUGGAAAAGCUGAACAAGAAAACCUUUUUCGUGAGAAUGAUUGUAUUGUCAGGAUUAAUGAUGGAGACCUUCGGAAUAGGAGAUUUGAACAAGCACAGCAUAUGUUUCGCCAAGCCAUGCGUACGCCAUUCAUUUGGUUCCACGUGGUCCCUGCGGCAAAUAAAGAGCAGUAUGAACAGUUGUCCCAAAGCGAGAAGAACAUGUACUACUCCAGCCGGUUCAGCCCUGAUUCCCAGUAUGCUGAUGGGAAAAGUAUUAACAAUUCUGGACUUCACACAUUACAAAGAAUGUCUCGAGCGGGUAACCAGUCCGAUCAGACAGACUCCUACUCGCAGCUACCUCAUAGUGUGAAUUCAUCAGGGAAACCACCCUCUGGCCUGGUACCAUCACCUCAGAAAGUUCUCACCUCCACUGCAAACAGUGGGUAUAACACCAAAAAAAUAGGGAAGAGGCUCAGUAUACAGCUAAGAAAAGGUACAGAAGGCUUGGGAUUUAGCAUUACUUCAAGAGAUGUCCCAAUUGGUGGCUCUGCUCCGAUUUAUGUGAAAAACAUCCUUCCGAGAGGUGCAGCUAUUCAAGAUGGGAGACUAAAAGCUGGAGACCGAUUAAUUGAGGUAAAUGGAGUCGAUUUAACAGGCAAAACUCAAGAAGAAGUUGUGUCCUUGCUGCGAAGUACCAAGAUGGGAGGGACAGUUGGCCUUUUGAUUUUUCGACAGGAAGAAACAUUCCAUCCAAGGGAACUGAAUGCAGAACAAAGCCAGUCACAAAUUCCAAAGGAAACGAAAGCAGAAGAAGAGGAGCUUGUCCUCACACCUGAUGGCACCAGGGAAUUCCUGACAUUUGAAGUACCACUGAAUGACUCUGGAUCAGCUGGUCUUGGUGUGAGUGUCAAAGGUAACCGGUCAAAAGAAAACCACGCCGAUUUAGGAAUCUUCGUCAAGUCCAUUAUUAAUGGUGGAGCAGCAUCUAAGGAUGGCAGGCUUCGAGUGAAUGAUCAACUCAUAGCAGUUAAUGGAGAAUCAUUAUUAGGCAAAACAAAUCAAGAUGCUAUGGAAACCUUAAGGAGGUCCAUGUCCACUGAAGGAAACAAACGGGGAAUGAUUCAGCUUAUUGUGGCAAGGCGAAUAAGUAAAUGCAAUGAGUUGGAAUCACCUGGGAGCCCCUCCGGGCCAGAGCUGCCCAUAGAGACUCUGCUGGAUGACCGGGAGCGGAGGAUUUCCCACUCCCUCUAUGGCGGGAUCGAGGGUCUCAGCGAAUCGCCCACAAAGAACGUGGCAUUGAGUAGGAUAAUGGGUAAAUAUCAACUGUCUCCAACAGUGAACAUGCCUCAAGAUGACACUGUCAUUAUUGAAGAUGACAGGCUGUCGGUCCUUCCUCCUCAUCUAUCUGACCAGUCAUCAUCCAGCUCCCAUGAUGAUGUUGGGUUUGGCACUGUUGAUACUGGUGGAUGGGCUAAAGCUGCAAUUAAUGAGUCAACAGACUGCACUCUUAGUCCAGAUGUUGAUCCAGUGCUUGCCUUCCAGCGAGAGGGUUUUGGACGCCAGAGCAUGUCAGAAAAGCGUACAAAGCAAUUUUCAGAUGCCAGUCAGUUGGAGUUUGUUAAAACACGAAAAUCCAAAAGCAUGGAUCUAGGUAUAGCUGACGAGACUAAGCUCAGUACAAUGGAUGACCAGAAAACAGGUUCUCCAACCAGAGAUGUGGGGCCUUCAUUAGGUCUGAAGAAAUCCAGCUCAUUAGAAAGCCUGCAGACAGCCGUUGCUGAGGUGACUCUGAAUGGUGACAUUCCCUUCCACCGUCCGCGCCCGCGAAUUAUCCGAGGACGAGGCUGCAACGAAAGCUUCAGAGCUGCCAUAGACAAAUCCUAUGAUAAACCUGUAGCAGAUGAUGAUGAUGAAGGCAUGGAAACUUUGGAGGAAGACACAGAGGAGAGCUCAAGAUCUGGUAGAGAAUCUGUGUCCACAGCAAGUGACCAGCCAUCCCACUCAUUGGAGAGACAAAUGAAUGGAAGCCAAGAUAAAGGUGACAGAAAAAAAGCUGGAAAGGAAAAGAAGAAAGAUCGAGAUAAAGAGAAGGAUAAAAUUAAGGCAAAGAAAGGAAUGCUGAAAGGCUUAGGAGACAUGUUCAGGCAGUGGUGAUUAUGGCAGAUAUAUCACUUCUGCGGGUGACAAAAUCCAGAGAAGGCAACUUUGCAAGACCAGCAUGGUUCAUACUCUGCUAGGCUGGGAUGACCACAGAGCUUGUCAGAGACGGGCACUGGAAAGUCUCCGGUCAGAGCGGGAACAAUAUGACCAUGCUUUGAAAUGCCUGGGAAAGACCAGAGAUGUCUUCCAGAGACUUUAUCAGAACGGUCCCGGAGGGCAGAAGAAACAUUCUUUCCCAGAAAGAAAACCCUGAAAGAGAAGAAGGGUUGUUGCCACACCUUGCUCAUGAGUCAAAGCAAACUGAACCCUCUGAGUUCUGCUCUGAGUUGCUGCAUGUGUGAUACCUACCUCUGCCUCUGUGGGAACGCAGCAUGAGUGCAGUGUGCUCUGGACUUGGGUGGUUGGAUCUGGAAACUCAAACCAUUGAAUUUUGCUAGUUUUGGAUUACCCGUUAACAUUAGAAAUGCUCUUCCCACAGUCAUGCAUCCUGACCAUACAUUUACUAGAUUGCUUACAAGGAUUAUUAGAAAUUUCCUGUGUACUUUAUUUUUCUAAUAAGGUAUUGAUUUCAGUAUAUAUCUGUUCAUACUUGCAAUGAAUUGAUUUAUGGUGGCAGAAAUUCUGUUUUGCUGCCAAAACCUAAUGGCCGCUAGCUAAUGCGAUUUCCCCCCCCUUUUUUUUUGAAACCACUAGUUCUUUUUCAAAAAUAAACUGGGUAGUCCUGAAUGUGAUUCAGUUGCUUUGCCUAACAUUUUGAAUGGGUUGAGGAGGACAGGAGGCAGAAGCCAAUGUGGGCAUCUCAGAGAUGCUGUGCUACAGUCACACAUAUGGUGCUUGUCUCCUCACAACUCUGUGUGUUCUGUUAGUUAGACCUGUGCUGCCACCUCAGGCACUCUCUGUCUAUCAGGGUGAAAUGGCUCAGUUCCACUGUUUUUCUGCCAAAACUCCUCUCUUGGAUAGAGGUUUUAGGGCUAUUUUAAAUUAACCAUUCUCUUUUGUCUGGUGUACAACAUCCAGAACUUGAUUUAAAUCUCUUGUGUCAUAUAUAUAAAUGUUUUGUAUAAUGGUUUUGACUACUCUCUAAUAAACAAGUGGAUGUUUUAAAAGAUACACCUUGGUGUUUUGAAUGACUGAAUUUAAAUAUGUCAGUUUUGCGUAUAAGAGAUUAUAAAAUCAGAGAAUUUACCUCUAUGUCCUAUUUGUAUUUCUUAACCAUAUCAUGUCCUCUGCCUAUCCCUUUUCAGGUGGUUAUUAAUGAACAGUUUUAGUUUUCAGGUACCUGAAUUACUUUGGAAAUGAGAAAUCUGGGAACUGUGGAGAACAGGCACACACUUUAAAGUUUGUGUACAUGCUCCUAUACUUUAUUUUUGUGUUGUUGUGUUUUUAAAGAGCUGCCCUAAGAGCCAUAAACAUGAUUACCCAGUAUAAAUAUUAUCUCUCAACUGAGUGGCCAGAAGUUAAUCGUUCUGCAGGAUUGCUGUGUGAUGUGUCUUCAACCCACACAAUGACUUUCUACUAGAAUCAAAAGGAACAAAUGGGAAAAUAUUAUAUUAUAAAUGCCUGCUGGAUUCUAAACAUUUUAAAGAGGUUACAUUAACAGGUCAGAAGAAAGUUUUAAGAACUCUGUGGUUUAUUUCACUGCUUGUGAGCAUUUGGGAUGUCCUGUCUGCUGGACAUGUUUCAUUGCAUGUCUCAGUGCUUUUAUUUCACUUUUGAUGUGAACCCGAGUAUGAAGUGCCACAGUGUCAGUCAGCUCACAGAUGAGCAUUUGGUUUAAAAAAAAGUAAAAUUCUUGUUGCUUUUGGUGUGAUAAAUGAUGCCACAUUUAAUUGGUAUAUAUAAUAAAAUACCGUUUAAUAGAUUCGUGUUAGCCCUUCUACCUUAAAUAGAAAUUUUUCAUCUAAGAUUUAGAUCUAUUAAAAGUUAUAUUUAAGUGUUUGUUUGGUUCCCUCUAUACAAAAGUCAUUUCUUUCAGAAUAGGUCAGAAGUGUCUUAAGAAAUAUGUGUAAUUUUGUCCUAAUAAUAACUGAGUAUCUCAAAUGCCAAAUUCCUCUCUGUUGAAAGUUUAAAGAAAACAGUGGAAUGUGCAAAUAUGGAAGAAAUCUAAAAUACUUGAAACGUAGCCGGUAGAGGGGAGAGGAGACGUGCAGGGGUCAAACCCUGGGUUGGCAGCACCCCGAACUGUCUGGGACAGCCCAGCCAGCUCCAUCCCUCCCCUCACCCUCCCGGCUCUGCAACACCCUUGGGAGAAAAGAGUCACGAGCAAUAAAGUUUAAAAAAAUCUUGGUGCUGAAAAAAGAAUAAAUUUACAUUCUUGAAUGGUGUCCAUUGUGUGGUGAAACUGCCCUUGCCGGGCAGGUGCAGAGGGCAGGACUGAGCUCUGGGCAGUUGUCAGACGUACAGCUCUGUGUCUCUUGAGGUCCAUAUGUGGAAGCCUUUGCUUAAUGUGAACCUGAGUUGCACUCUUUGGCAGAGAUAGUGUUCUAAAACAUUGACUAUGUAUUUAAGAAUAGCAAUCCCAAAAUCCUGGCAUGAAAGAAGAAUGUGGUCCAAUUAUUAUUUUUUCUGAUUGUUCUGUUCUUUAAUGAGGAAUUAUGUAAACUUUUAAGGGGAGUGAAAUAAAAAUAAAAUUAAAAAAAACUUAUGCAAAAAAACCCAGAAGCAGUCUGAAAAUAUUAAAAAUUGAGAUUCUGAGGUCUUUGCACUUUCUUUUCCUGGUUUCCAAACAGUCCUUCUUGGAGUACUCUCUUUGUCAUAGGAAA